CCGGUCCAGAAGGACUUCGUUCCCGUAUCCGUCGAACAGACGAUCCUCAAACAGCGUCCCGUGCCCGUCCGUUGCGCGGCUAUACUCGACACGCGCUGACGCGGGCUCAUGGGGCCGAAAGGCACCGAUGAAUUGUUGCAGUUGCACAACCCUUCUCCGCGCAGCGAGAACUCCUGAUUUGCCUCUGAUUUGCCAUGGUUCCCUCAAGGCUUGUCUUCGACCUCCAUCGUCUCUUCCUUACCUUCGGGGAGCGCAUAGCAAAUGAGGACCAUUCUCUGCGUACUCUUGCUGGCGGCUGCGAGCGUUCUGGCGCAGUUCGACGGCCUGCCUAAUUGCGCCGACGAUUGCGCCGAUCAUGCUAUUUCCGUAUCCGGGUGCAGGUCGAGAGUCGACCUCGAAUGCCUCUGCACGUCGGAGUCCUUCUCGUCCGAGACGGAGCAGUGCGCUGUGCAUGCGUGCACGAUUACCGAGCAGAGCAUCGUCCGAGCCCUCCUGGACCGCCUUUGUGCCGCCGCGACGACCUCGAGCGGCUCGCAAACCGAGUCAAGCACUUCGUCGGAAUCCGAGGCUCCCAGCACGACCGCCACGACCCCUACGACUACGCGCGCAGCCACCACAACGCGCAACACCGUCACCGCCGGCACGACCACCUUCACGUCUACCGCCCCCGACACGACCGUCACCCGCACCUCCGUGCACACCAGUGUAAUUUCCGAGAAUCCCACGAGCGCGAGCGAGGAAGGAAACCAGAACUCGCCGACCGCAACGAGAACCGCGACGAGCACGCUCACCAGUCAUGCUACGAUCACCGGCGCCGCCGAGGCCUCCAGCAGUCCCAAGACGAGCGCAAGCAGCACUAGUACGGUGAAGAUGACGAUCACCUCUGGCGUCUCGUCCGCUCGUGGUGCCGCUUCGCCCACCGGUGCUGACUUUGAUGGGGCAUUGCUGUCCAUUGGUGGGCGUGCAGUGGCCCCAAUCAUCUCUGUUCUGGUCAUUUUCCUCCUGUAUGAUCUUUGAGAACGUUGCACGACGAAUUUGUUAGAUGAGUGGACUAAGACUUUUCGCGUCUGUACUUAUGUGUGUAUUUCUGCUCAUCUUGGGACUUCUUUCUAUCUUGUUACGACCGUGAUAUCGUAUGUGUGUAGUGUAAGCGUCGGUACUUGAUGAAUAACGUGAUUAUGCGUGUUACUGCAGA